AUGGAGCAAGCCCAUCUCGAGCACCGCGAACUCCCUUUGGGCUAUGAAGAUCCACACAAAGCUGCUCUCGAAGACAAUCCGGAGCAAGCAGAGAAGUUGACAUGGGCUGUUAUCCUAUCUGCCAUCUUUUUGGGAACCUCGUUCACUGGACCCAUCAUCUUCGGUUUUAUUCUAGCUACGCCGAUUCUUGUUCAGCUUGGUGAAAAGUUAGGAGGCGCCAACAUUAGCUUUUGGAUUCCUUCUGGUUGGGGAGCUGCCGCUGCUGUAGGAUUUUCCAUUGCUGGACGUCUUUCAGACAUUUUCGGACGCCGAUAUGUUAUCCUUUUCGGUCAAACCCUCACCAUUAUUGGGGGCAUCGUUGCCUGUACCGCAAAAACUAUGAAUGCACUUAUUGCGGGCGAAGUUAUUCUCGGGGCGUCUAUUGGAACUAUCUCCGUUGCCUAUGCCGCAGGCUUGUCCGAAAUACUCCCUAAUAAGUACCGUGGCAUGGGCCUGGCAUGGACCGAAUUCAACUUAUCAAGUUGGGCUAUCGCGGGCACUCUUCUUGCCAACACAAUGCUCACCAAAGCAAGCUGGAGAGUCAUGUUUUAUAUUGCCACUGGCUAUGGAGCAUUUUCAUUAAUAGGCACAGCGUGUGUCUAUUUCCCGCCUAGCCAUCCUCGACCAGACGGGAAGACAAAGUGGCAAGAGUUCAAGGAGUUGGAUUUCAUUGGCGCAAUCCUAUUCGUUGCUGGACUGGCCGUGUUUCUCUACGGUCUUAAUUCAGGCGGAAACACAUACCCAUGGAAGGCAGCUGGUACCCUUGCACCUCUGAUCUUGGGAUUGGUCGUCUUCCUCGGCGUUUUUAUCUACGACUUCUUCAUUCCAAAGGAUCCCUUAUUUCCUUGGUACCUAUUCAAAAACUUUCGCGAAUUCAGCUCUCUUUUAUCCCUGGUGUUUGUCGCUGGCAUGGUUUUCUCUGCAGCAUCUGCACUUAAUGCGGAGACGAUCUUAUACCUCUUCAACGCCGAUGCUAUAAAGAUUGGUAUUUAUAGUCUUCCAUCAGGCGCGGGCCAGAUUGUUGGUGGAGUCCUCAUACCAGCCUUGGUCCACUAUAUCAAGCAUGUCCAUCUCCAGCUCACCUUCGCCGUCUUCAUGCAAACGCUUUUCUUUGGCCUUGCAGCUCUGAUUACGCCGACCAAUAUCAAUUGGUUAAUGGCAUGUCAAUUCUUAGCCAUGCUUCCUUUCGGCUGGAUCACCCUGAAUUGCUAUACAACAGCCUCACUUCACGUUCCUCAACGAGAUCUCGGAGUUGCCAUUGGCUUGAUAGGGACGUUUAGAUCUCUCGGCGGUGCCGUUGGCUCCGUCAUAUUCAGCUCAAUCUUCACUCAGGUAGGAGCAAAGUCAAUCGCAACCCGAGUCGGCGAGACGGUUGCUGCAGCCAAUCUUCCUUCGGACUUAACCCCAGGCCUCGUCGCAGCAACAAGACUCACCAUUCUCGGAGUGCCUGGUCAAGCUGCACAGUUCCCCAAUGUCCCCUCUUCAGUUUACGCGGCAUGUGUGUCAGCAUCUCGGUUGGGCUACGCGUACGGAUUCCGCAUUACGUGGCUGGCUUCGAUCCCAUUUGGAGUUAUUGCGUGCCUGUGUGCAGUGGCCGUACGAGACCCGUCAAAAUACUUUACAAAUCAGUACGUAAUACUUUCCGAGCCCUUAAUUUCCCUUUCAGAUGUGCUGCGAGGUAUUUCGAUUCUGCAGACAUGUCUUCAGAUGAAAUAA